AAUUACCAGGUUUCCAUAGAGUUCUGGUCUCAACAUACAAUGGCCGUCCUGGAACCUAUUAAUAUUGUAACUUGAGGGACCGCUGUACAUUAAACUAAAACAUAAACGCAAUGCAACGUAUACUUAUUUUUGUUGCCAUAGACAAUAGUAUAGUUGACUACGCUUUUGCAUAUAGCAAAAUUAAAAGUACUGUAAAGAAACAGUCAAACUGAGAUAAAAACGCAGGACAAACCUCCCUUUAUACUAUCAUGUUACAGGCCUCCAUAAUGCAUCAUAUUUUUAAAAGUCUGUGCGCAUGGAAACACAGGGACUAAAAUAUGGCUUAAAACAAUAUGCCCCCAAUAUGUGCCAGUCUCCCUUACUCUCACUUCUUAUUGGUAAAGUUUGAAUCAGCAUAAAGUGCCUGAUACCUGACAGGAAAAUCAGUCUGUCAGCAUCUACUUUAUCUCCACCCCCAUCCACACGCAAUGCAGCAGUCCUAUUUCUGUUGAUGAAAUAGAGACACACUACCGGGCUGAUCCAUUUUAGGUUUGGGGGGGGGGGGAGCGGGGGCAGUCGUAUUUUCUACGACUACCUUGUCAAGGGUUUGUACAGUGACCAAUGGCUGCGGUUGUAGGCGGGCUCCUGUGUCAACGGGAUGUCCUGGUAUAUAGAUGUAUGAGGAGGCAUAGCUAGUUCAGGCUGCGGGAUGUCCUCAGAGCAGUGGCAGGGAGCCGUGGUCUGUGCGGUGGAUGCAGAGCUCAUGUUUCUCCCUGAGUGUGCUGUGACAGGAGUUAGAUAAAGCCACAGUAUGGAAGACGUUUUACAGAAACGUGACAGUCGAGUGACUGGGAACCAACAAUGGAUGUCCCAAUUGUGUGAAGAACUGUGGGACAUUCCUCUGUAUAACCUAUCAAUUCCAGGGAGUCAUGACACCAUGACUUAUUGCUUAGAUAAACUAUCUCCAGUUGACCCCACAUCUCCUAAACUGCUGCUCUUUUUGGAAAAAUAUGUGCCUCGUAUCACACGCUCUGUUAUUUUAAGAUGGACUACCACACAAACUUUAAAUGUUACUGAGCAGCUGGAUGCGGGAAUCAGGUACCUGGAUCUCCGAAUAGCUCACAGACCUGAUGUGUCCUCAGACCUCUACUUUGUACAUUGUCUUUAUACAUCCCAGACCGUAGAGACAUGUCGUACAGAUUGGGGCAGUUGGAGAACGAGUGUUGAGACCCUAACCAAUCGCUGGAAGAGAAGAGAUGAAACAUUACAUGAAAUUGCUGACUGGUUACAGCGAAAUCCUCAAGAGAUCCUCAUUCUAGGCUGUGAUAAUCUACAGUCCAUGUCCCAGGAGCAUCAUAUAUAUUUAAUCAACUGUAUACACAGGAUAUUUGGACCUAGAUUAUGCUCUAAACAUGAACAGCCAACACUGAGAAACUUGUGGGGAAAAAAAUAUCAACUUAUUGUGUGCUACGACAAUCCUUUGGCACUGAUGUUUGACUAUCUCUGGCCAUCUAUGCCAUACUGGUGGGCAAACACAACUAAGACACGCUCCUUGAUCCACUUUUUGGAGAUGAAAAAACACAUUGGCAGGCCAGAUGGAUUUUUUGUGGCUGGUCUUAAUCUAACAGAGAAUACAUCUUACAUAUUAAAACACCCGUUUGGUUCUAUGAAGAGAAUGACUUUACCUAAACUUAAAUUUUUGUAUAAAUGGGUACAGAAGCAGCAUCCGGGAGUUAGCAGAGAUGCCACCAACAUUAUUGCAGAAGAUCUUAUUGGGUCAGAUCACUUUGUUUCUGCCGUGAUUAAGCUCAAUAUGAAGCUAUUGGACAGAACGGAUAUAUUAUGAAAGGAUAGAUGACAGUUACAUACUCGAAAGUUACAAACUCGACAGACCCGAAAAACUUUAGGCCUUUGUCCAAUGAAACUUCCAGAAAUUAACUUGAGGGUUUUCAAUCGCAUGUCAGAAUAAUUAUAUUGCUUUUAUUUUUUUUUUAUAAAUAAAUAGACAAACUGAAUAAACUGCAACUCACAAAUAGAGAAAGAGCAUGGCUGAUCAUCCACAACUUGUAAAAUGAUCCAAUUGCUUCUCAGCACAAUUUCAAAAUUUGUUACUGUACCUUUUUUAUCAAAACGUGCAGGUCCACUCACCACGUCAAGACCACUAGAUAAAAGUGGUUCUCUAAACUAAUACUGGCAUAUCUCCGGGCAGUUACACCAAGCCCACAGGGUAAAUUACCCAGCAGCCAGGAAGUCCUACCGCUGCCCAACCAAGCCCCCGACUCUGGGUCACACCACCCCACAGAAAAAACAUCAACUACAUGAUCGGUCCUGCAUGUGAUCAGAUCUCUGACCACAAUUUCUAUGCCACCCAUACAAAAGUUUUUUCCUUUUUUUAGAUGGGUACACCAGUUGCAAUUACCGCAACGAUAGUUACCUACCGGGGCGGACCCAAUCCGAAGUUUUGUUUUUCUCCGAAAGAAAUCUACUAUUGGAGCUUCGGUGGAACAUCCAGAUUUUGAAGAACGGCAAGCACACUUUUCUUCUG